GAGAAGCCCCCGUCAACCAUGCAAGUUUUCGUCCGCUCACUUACUGGCAACACCGUUGCCGUCAACGGUGCCACUACUGUCGCUGAUGUGAAGGCCCGCGUACAGGCCGCUGAAGGCAUCCCUGUUGAGGACCAGCGUAUUCUCUUCGCCGGUGCUGCUCUCGAGGAUGAGGUUAUGCUCGCCCAUGCCGGAAUCACCGAUGAUUCCGUCCUCGCUCUCAACUUGGAGCUCUUGGGAGGUGGCAAGAAGCGUAAGAAGAAGACUUACACUGCCCCCAAGAAGAACAAGCACACCCAUAAGAACGUCAAGCUCGCCACUUUGAAGUUCUACAAGGUCGACUCCGAUAACAAGGUCCAGCGCCUCCGCAAGCAGUGCCCUAACGCCUCCUGCGGUGCCGGUGUCUUCAUGGCCAACCACUUCAACCGUUACUACUGCGGCAAGUGCUCCAUGACUUACCUUAUCAAGGGUGAGGACGAGGAGUAAAUGAGUUGUAGCUAGUAUCAGACACAUUAGGCGCGAGCCUCUUGUGGGUUGGACAAGGCUUCCGGUUCGAUUCA